AUGUGGCUACAAAAAUGGAUGCCAGACUUUAAGCCGGAGGAAGACUCCCCAAUUGCACCAAUUUGGGUACUACUAUCGGGCCUUCCAUUUCACUGUUAUACAUGGCAUUAUGUUAAACAAAUUUUAGGGCCUGUUGGACUGCCACUAUCUAUGGACAUUGCUACAGACUAUAGGACGAGACCAAGUAUGGCAAAGGUCCGAGUGGAGGUAGACCUUACAAAACCUCAACUGAAAUAUGUAUGGGUUGGUCAAGAAAAUGAGACUAAUCCCCUGAAAGGAUUCAUGCAGAAAUUGGAGUAUGAGGGAGUACCUAAAUACUGCAAGCACUGUAGGAGACUUGGCCACUCUAUUAUACAACAUAGAGUUGUUGAGAAGGAGAAAGAGGAGAAGCUUCAGGAGGCGACUAAGACCAAGGCAAUCAUGCCUGAUAACAAAAACAUUACUGGAGAGACUAACAAGGAGGAAAACACUGAGGCACAAAAGGAAAACCAACCAAAUAACAUGCUAGAUGAGGGAACAAGUAUUAGUAGACCUACAAAGAAGACAAAAGACUAUCAACAACAAACAUAUGCCGCUACGAACAAUGAAAAGAAAGAACCAAAGAAGCAAAUCCAGGAGCAAGUUGAUAAAGUCGUACAAACAGAGAAAGCACGGGAACAAGCGAGUCAUGCGGAACAAAGUGCUCAAGAAGAACAUGUAACAAUGAAUACACAGGCUACACAAGUAGAAGUAGGAACUGCAAGCAGCACCAAAAAAGGAAUAAGGGGAAGAAGAAAGUUCUAA